GGGAGGCGAGGCACAGAACGAUGCUUCGGACUUCAGACCAGAAGUAAGGACCGGAGGACGAAGGCGCUUCGACCGUCUCGAACUCCGACUUUUAGGGUUCUUCCCUACGUGCGAUCGAUCGACAUUUCUCGACGAUCUUGAUCACUGUCAACUCUGCGGUUUUCGAUCGAUUUAUUUCUUUUAAAGGAGAGCUACGAAGAUUAUUUGCUGGCCCAAGUCUUUCCGAGUUGUAGUGGCGACAACAGGUCUGCGCUUUUUUCUAGUGGAUUACCAAGCAAUUCCGCAGGAUCGGUGAUGAAAUUUCACUGCCUCUAGGAGCGUUUUGUUAUCAAAAUUCUUCUGCUUCAUUGGGCGGAAAGUUUUCCAUAAGGAGCGGGAGAGGGAUAUGGAGAAAGUCAAGCGCUGUAGGCGAGAGAUAGUCAUUCCGUGAAGCUAAUGUUCGUGCUUGUUAGGACUUGAUACUCAACAUCAAAUCGGCUACUCUUGAGGGCUAAAUUACUGCUCUGCUGCAUAUCGCUGGUCGUUAUGGCUCAAAGACACACCAUCAUUCUCAUGCAGCCCAUCAUGAAUAGGGCGACUCGCACCUUCAUGGACUUCGAAACCGUGUCAGCAGCCAUGGACGGAAUAUGUGGGAUAUACGAGAAGAAGCUUAAGGAGCUAAACCCAACCGUUCACAAUAUCACAUACGAUAUAGCAGAUCUGUACAAGUUCAUCGAUUCCUUGACCGACAUGAGUGCUCUUGUAUUUGAUCCCUCCCUCAAUGCUUACAUCCCGUAUGAUCGACAAUGGAUCAAGCAGCGUGCAUUUCAACAUUUAAAGAAGCUCGCAAGUCAGUAUAGCUGAAAUGAAUGACUGAUAAAUACGAUUGUGACGCGAGUGCGUAUUGAACGAUUGGGGAGCAUCUGUAGAUUUUCUUCUGAAUGCAUUUGUACAUUAGUCAGACCUCCGCCUGGAUUUCUUAAGGUAAAGUAAUUAUGCAGGUCGUGGAAGUUCGUCUUCUAGCUUGAAAGUAAAAUUUGAUCGCUCCCUACGUUGAGUAUCAUGGUUCUGUAUGACAGAAGCUGCCAUCAGCUUCUAGCCAAGGAAAUUGAGCGUAUUUCAAGUUUUAUAUACGGGAGAUAUGAAGAGUUAGACACUUUUUCCGCAGGGCCCUUUUGCAUUCACUCCCAUCUUUAUGUUCCUUUCACUGGGAGUGAUGCAAACUGGAAGCUAAUGAUAGUGAGGGCGAAUGCACCUUCUCCUUCGACAGCUAAACCAGCGGACAACUGCCGGAAGCUUAUGAAGAAAGAACGAUUCCUCUUGUGAAGUCCCUCUACUUUUCUCCUUUAAGAGUGCAAAAUCAAGGCUAUUCUUAUAGUGCGGAUCUUACUAUUGUACUUUGUGAUAUGUGCUUGGUAGCUUGAGAGUUCAUGUCGUGGCCUGGGAACAUGGAUGUAAGAAGUAACGGAUUCUUCCAGGCCGUGUUCGACACUUGUUCGCGAGCUUGGUACCACUCAGUUCAGGUAGUGUCAGCUUGAGAGUUGUAAACCGUCGCGAAGAUGAGUCAUCCAGGCCAUGGAUUCUGCUUGAAUAUUGUGGCAUGUGCUUGAUAACUUGAUUCAAAGUAGAUCCAGUGAACACUUGAACCCGGAGUGACACGAACACCUAUGAUGUGGCCUGACUAACACAGGAUUAUGUGUCAAAUUUGUUGGAUGAUGAUCAGAUAUGGUUUUAGAAACUCUGAAAGGGCAAUGAAGAAACCCAGGCAACCUUGCUCUCUCUUGGAUAAAGCAUUUCACCAAAACGUCGGGCAUAUAUGGCAUGAAUGGUGACGUUUGCGUUUGAACUUAUUUUGGUGUCUGCGGAGGGGGCUGUCAGGGAAGGAUAUUCAGUUCCAGUGUGAGACGGUCGUUAUUCGGAACGUUCAAGAUUCUGGCCUGAGGACGGAUGCCAUCUGUACAUUUUUGUACUUACACUGAGCAUAUUAGAGGUUCAACCUUUUUUGGCACUUAUGUGGGUCCUGAGCACAGUUCUUUGUCAUGAACAGGCCUCACAAGCAUGUUCACAACAUUCACACUGUCGUAGCAAGUGCUGGAGACGCUGUUUCCUCACGUACGAGUAAACACUGUCCAUGCGGCAUGUCGUACAUGUUUACAUCUCCACCUCGCACUGUUGUUUGACUGCCAUUCCGAAAGGCAGCAGAUAGUCACAAACGAGUCUUCGACGGUGCUAAACUCUCAAAAUGCCCGAUCUGAGUUGUGAUGUUACGAAUAUUUCAUGUCUCUAUAGCAAAUACC